AUGGCGGAGCGCAUCCUGAUGAACGAAUUCAAGACCCUUCUCAAAGAGAAGUGGGUUCACGUCCAGUUGCACGAUGACGACAUCUUCAACUGGGAUGUCGCCCUGAUCGUGAUUAACCCGGACUCCAUGUACUACGGCGGCUAUUUCAAAGCCUCAAUGACGUUCCCAUCCAACUACCCCUAUGCCCCGCCAAAGUUCCGCUUCCUGCAGCCCCUCCACCACCCGAACAUCUACACCAAUGGCAAGCUUUGCAUCUCCAUUCUUCACGCGCCCGGCGAAGAUGAAAUGUCCGGUGAGCUUGCCUCGGAGCGCUGGUCCCCUGCCCAGCGCGUCGAGUCGGUUCUGAUCUCCAUCAUCUCUCUGCUUGACGAUGCCGAGCCAUCCUCCCCCGCGAACGUCGACGCUGCCGUCCUGCUUCGCAACGAACCGGAAGUCUACCGCCAGCUUGUUAAGGCUGAUGUCGAGAAAUCUAAGCUCGAUAUCCCCGCCGGCUUCGAGAUGCCCACACACGAUACUCCCGUCCGCGAGCCCGUGGAGAAGGAAGACCAUGACUUCUGGGCUGAUAGCGAUGUCGACAGCGAUGUGUUCGGUGGCAGUGACUCUGACGACGAACUCGCCAUGGACCAGUCCAGCGGCAGUGAUAUAGAGGAGGACGAGGAUGAGUCCGCCGACGACGAUUCCACGGAAACGAAGAAGGUGUAA